AUGGCCUACACCAAAGACUACUACCACAUCCUCGGCCUCCGUGCGCCCAGCCCAGGCUCUCUAUCGAAUCGACACCCCGCAGCCGAGCUGAGGCGGGCCUACAGAAAUGCCCUGCUAGCCGCGCACCCAGACAAGAAGACCGCCACGAGCAAGGGCAGCCACAGCGUCGACGAUGUGCGCGAAGCGUUCCGCAUCCUCCAAAGCGCGGCCAGCAGGGCGCAGUACGACAACUGGCUCCUGCGAAACCCGCACGUUCUGGCCACCGAGUCGCAGGGCGGCGACGACGGUGCUGGGGUGCACACGUCCAGUCAGGACUUCCUACUCGGGCUCGAGUUGUUGGAUUUGAGCGAUUUCGAGGAGCACGAGGUGGCUGAUGAGGCGGAGUGGACGAGGGCGUGUAGAUGUGGGGAUGACAAGGGGUUCAGGAUACGGGAGGAUGAUCUCGUGGAUGCGGAGCAGAGGGGGGAGAAGGAGGUGCUGGUAGGCUGCGGGGGGUGUAGUUUGUGGGUGCGGGUGGCGUUUGAUGUCGAGGAGGGUUGA